AUAACGAUAAAUACACAGCUCAGGGCAAACUGGGCGCCGCCUUACUCGGCAAUCACGACACCGGCAGUUAUAAAAUGGUUUUAUAUACCGGUAAACAACAGCACAUAACUGUCGCCUCAAUUACCGACACAUUUAAUUUAAUUUGUCAACCAAACAAUUACAGCACUUUCUAUGACGACAACCGCCAAAACUGGUCGCUUAUGUUUGACACCGAAGAAGACAAAUGCAAUUUUAAUCGUCAGUUAACUGUUUGUAAAUACAAUUCGUGGCGAAACAAGUCGUCGGCCACGGAGUCAUCGAUUCUGACGCAAGACUUAAUGCUCGGC